GUCAGAGAUCAGCACUGCCUCUGCAUUAAAGCAGGAUUCACACACACAGACACAGAAAAAGAGGAAAGGAAUGCUUUGCAAGAAAUAGGAUACUGGUAUACACAGAAAUACCCAUAUAUUUAUAUAUAUAUAUAUCUAUAUAUAUAUAUGUGAGUGUGUAUGUAAACAUAUAUAAUAAAAUAGCAGUUAGCAAUUUAUUUGCUUUACCCAAAGUGGAAGAGGAAACAACUUGUCUUAAAUCAGUUCGCAGCAUCUUUGGAACAUCAAUCUUAGCCGUAUACGUUGGUUGUGAUUAAUGCUGGCGCUGUGCUGUUUUGGAGAACGAGAGACACACCUUUACAUCUGCAGUUUACACCUAUUAAGGAGGAGUAUUCAUUGAGAUUUUUUGCACAAGAGUAAUGCCUGCUAAAGGACAGAUACAGUAACCGUAACUCUACAUACGUCGACCUGGGAGGAGAAUAUAUAACACCAUGGACCUACAGUCUCACAGAGGUAUUAUAUUUAUAGAACUAAAAAAAAUAUGGCUAUUUAUAAUGUUGCUGCGGUUUAUUUGUCGUGAGUUAUCAAAAGCAAAAAAUGUAAUGUGUAAUAAUGUAAAUAGUAUAUUAUUGUCAAUCUAAAUUUAAUGCAUGUGUGGCUAAGUAUUCAGAAUACUAUGCAGAUUUCUUUCAAGUUGUUUAGAGAUAAUUUCUGAUCUCUAGUGCCCUGUGAUAUGUAAGAAUCAACAUUCAUGAGAGGCAUUGCAGAAGGUUUUUAUUCACUUUAGAAGCGAUCCGUAGAGAAAUCUAGAAUUCUUAGGAAAACUAAUAUUAGGUUUAGGAAGAAUUUUACAUUACAGUUAUCAAGGGUUCUGGAAUAGAGUGGUUUGUUCAUUUCGAAAAUAUAUGCCUUGGAAUCCACUCAUGUUACUGCAUAUUGAAAUACAGCUGUUUUAAAGUAUCUCAGCUAUGUUGGGUUCAUUUCGCACUGUUGAAAACAUUAUGGCAGGAUAUGUUUCAGCUAAAUUCUUCUGGGUUUAUUUAUUUCUGUGUAAUAUAGCAUUGCAUGUCACGUUGUCUAAAAGCAGCGAGCUGUCUGUCAAAACAGAAAAAUUAUGAGAAUAAAAGGAAUCUCGUUAUCCUGGAAUCUUCAUAAUUUAUAUAAAUAUAUUAUCCAUAAUGCAAAACCACUCUUUCAUUAAAUUCCUAAUCAUGCAAAAGAGAAAGAAUUUUUUUUAAACAUAUUGUUAUGUAUGUGUGUGUGUGUGUGUGUGCGUGUAUAUAUCUUCUUUACAAAAGCAUAUCAAAAAUUUAAAUAUACCUUUAGUCAAUGUCUACUAACAAGACGUAAUGUAGAUAGUAGACUUUGUUCUCACUGAUGUACAAAUAUCAUAGUAGAUAAUAAAUAUGGACAUUCUCAUUUUAUUUUAUCCAAGAUGUUUGGUAUUGUAGAAUUAUUCAUACAUCAUUCAUUCAUAUUGUGCCAAAACUGUUUAAAAAUAUAUGUACUUAGUAAAAGGAAACACAAAACUCAUUUUGACAGAUAGAUACAAACUCGUACAGUAGACAUUGAGCAUUUGAUGGAAGCCAUCAAGUAAAAAUGGAGAACAUGGUUCCUGCUACAAAACCUAGGACUCUCGUAUAACGAAAUCUUUGUAUAAACGCCAAAGACAGUUAGUAACCUCUCAUAACAAAAUAAAUUCUUAGGCAGAUUUAAUUCUGUUUAAGUUUCUCCUAAAUUCAACUGGAAAUUGAUACAAGUUCUACCAGUGCUGUACAGUGGGAGAAUCGAGGUAUAGUAAUCAGUGUUCCUUAUAACCUUGGUUAAAAAAUGGGCUUGCAUCAAGACAAUACAACUCUUUCUGAAUAAGGUCAUUAUUCCAUGAUGUGAUUUAGAAUUUCAUCUAGGAAGUUAACAAAACAUAUAACACAACUAUAAAAUAUAUUUUAUAUUUAUAUAAAAUAUGUUGUGUCCACAGUUAUUUAUUCAAUGGCUUUAUAAAAAAGAAGUGGAAGAACUCAAGUCCAUGAUAAGAAUUCAAUCUAAAUACCCCACACAUCAAAAUAUAUAAGAAAUGUUAUAUAACUAGCAUAGAGGCUUAAUAGAGUUACCAUGGAAAAAUUAAUAUUUCUGUAGUGAAAAUGUAAAACCAUGAUGCAUAUACUUACUGUAAUUAACAAUAACAAUUUGGUAGUAUAGAUAGAUAGAUAGAUAGACACUUUUCUCCUUUUCUUUUACAUCAACAACUAUUAGUGCCACAUUUAUCACCCACUUUUUAAAUAAAGGCAAAAAUUAAAGUCUGUAUCAAACUGGUCAUUAAAUACCCCAUAACAAACUGUCUAAAAAUAUAAAAAAAUGUAUAACUUAUAAUGUGUAUACUUGAGAAAUAUGGAAUGUCCAAGAUUAAUUAAUUAAUUAAUUUUUUUAUUGAUUCAUGGGCAGAGAGUUUAAAUACUGACUUGUCCAGUUUCAUACCAGAUGCAAACCCAUUGUCGCAUAUUGAAGAUCUAGAAAGGCAUGCAAUAUUAGGUCUGCAUUUGUAAGGAAGCUGACAGAAGCAACUAUGGAUUAUUGGAAGACUGCUGAAAUUGUGUACAUGCAGAAAGCAUAUUGACAGCAUUUCUGUCUGACAGAGGAUGCACGUGCAAUGCUUUCAUGUUAAUGGGCCUACCCUUUCUAAUACGCACUGUAUAAUUUAUAUCCUGAAAGCAUAGAAUUUUGUUAGUGUUUUGGGGUGAAGUGAGUUUGCCAUACAGUCAAUUUCUAAUGCAGCAUACAUAAAACAUCUCCACAGAAAUAGAAGAGCUCAAGAUCCAAUGGUAGGACAUGGGUUUGCAACCAUUCAUGUUAUUUCUUGGCUUCUCAGGGUGUAAGAAAGUAUUCUGGGAAUUCUUGUUAUUAUUUCCCACAAUCAGCACCUAAUCUAAUGAUAGUCCAUGUCUGGGUCUCCAACCUCUCUCACCAUAUACAUUUUGGAUGUCACAUAAUCACAAAAGUUGCUGGAGGGCCUAUCAACAAUAUGGAGGAAAAGUGCAAACCCAGAAAACACUUGGGAUCUGUAGUUGUCCACAUCCUGGAGUGCAGGUUUCUCUAUUCAGCAGUCUUAACUUAAUUAUUCUAACAUUGUCAGUGGCAGUGACACACUAACUGACAUCUAAGAAAAGCGGAAUUAUGGUUCCUUUGGCGCACGUGUGCAGUGCACAGGCAUGUCAAGUAUGGUCUGAAGUGUUCUGUGAAAGAACCCAUUUUGCAUGUGCAUUAUUCUAAAUGUAACACCUCCCACACUCCCACCCUCCCACCCUUCUUAGAAAUUAGCAAGUCCAUCACAUUUUAACUGUUGAAUACUGGAGCAGAAGUUAUAGGAAGUGGAACCCCCACUUUAGAGUAAAUUACUCGUAUAUAUUAUAUAAUUCUCAAGUUCUGAAUUGGUGUGAGGGGAGAUGCUUUGGUGAAAGGACUCGGAAUAUGAGUUUAAAUGUGGACUGCAGAAAACAUGCCCUCCAUUUUGUUUUUCAUUUAUUUUUUGCAUGCGUUGGAUCUUUAAAGGAAUCCUCUAACUACAAAAAUAAAUAUAUUAUUAUUAAAAGUUGUGUUUAUUUACUUUUUUAGAGUUGGAGACUCCCCUGUUCUACAAAAAAAAACUUUGCAAGUCUACCUCUUUUGAGAUCGUCAAUAUCGGUAAUCUUAGCCCAAUCCAAUACUUAUAGAGAAGCACUAGGGACCUACAAUGCAUGUUCACUUUGCCUAUUUGGUGCAUUUAAUAGAGAAUCAUUAAAUCCAAUACUUUGGGGUAUUUGGUAUAAUGAUGCUAUGCAUGCUCAUGGCAAAUGUGAAAGCUUUCAAAAAUUGAAGUACUUAACAGAGGAAACAGCUGUUGUGGUUGUUGGAGUGACCACCACUAGAGGCAUGGUUUAGGUAAAAUGUAAACAUUGCUGUUUCUCUGAUACAUCAUUGUUUGCAUUGUCUGAAAACAGGGACAGGUUCUUUUGACUACUUCAUUAAGACAAAGUGAUUUUGGUGCUUAGAGUGUUCCUCUAAGUACAAUAAUAGUUUCAGCCAAAAUCCAUAAAACACACCUUCUGAUGUUAUUGUUAUUUGUUAUGUUGAAUAUAACAAUAACGUAUAAAAAUGUUGAAUAUAACAAUAUGAAAGCCUAAAUUAAAAUAAUACAAUGCCAAUUAUAAUGGUAGUGGAAACUGAAUACAUAUUCCAUCAACAUCAAUGCAGUACUUCUUCAAACAUGUCUAUUGGGAGGUCAUUUGAUUCCUCGACCAUUCAUUCUGUAAAUAAUUUGCUUGUGUGUUAUCUAAUAUGAAUAUGUGAUAAUUGGACCCCAUUUCAUAUACACAAACUCACAGUGCUUUGCAAUUCAGUAUCAUAUGGUUUGCUCAUUCACUCAUGAUGGUUGCUCAUACUUUUAUUCAGAUAUUCAGAAGUUAGCCUUAAAGGGUGUUCUUGUGUAGUGGCAAACUUACAGUGUAAAGUGACCAUAUGAUCACAAAAUAUAUGUAAUAUCUAAUCUUCUCUUCUAAUAAAAACUCUAUAACCUAGAAUAACAUCAGUGACAUUGUAAAUGGUCUUUUGUUUAAGCUUUCUCUUCACCUUCAGUGAAUGCCAAGGUCAAAAUCCUUAGCAGACUGACCAAGUAUCACUGUGUAAUGUAAGUUUGGUUUAGUAUUAUUUACAUCUACAUAUAUUUGGUCAGCAGGUGUAUGUAAAUAAAAAAAGUAUGGGGUCAACUAACUGGAAAAAAAUUAUAUUUUUAAACUAAGUCUAAUGUGCUUUUAUCUUCCUUGGAGUGGACAGAAGGAAAAGAAAAUGCUGGAGUGGGACAACACUGAUGGAAUGUCUAUAAGGCAUCAUCUGAGUUGAACAUAAUAUAGUUGAUGGAAAGUAAGAAGGGAAAACUCUAAAGGAAGAAUUUAAUCAUAUGAGAUUUUGCCUGGACUUUGUUUAAAAUAGACCAACAAAAAUUAAGGAACUGCCAUCAUUCAAAAGAACAAUAAUUGGGUGCAACCAAACCAGGCGCUAGCACAAACCUCACACAAUGUUGCAUCCAGGAAAAGAGAAGGUCCAGGCACUCCAAAGCUCAGCCAGGCAAAUUUACAUAGCAAACAGCAAUGUUUUGACUCUACAGCUUGGCAAAGACCCAUUGUAGGGUCAAAAUGUUGCUGUUUACUUCUUGCUGGGCUUUGGAGUGUCUAGACAUUUUUAUCUUCUCUUGGGUACAACAUUGUGUGAGGUUUGUGCUAGCCCCUGGUUUGGUUGCAACCAAUUGUUGCUCUUUUGAAUGAGGGCAGUUCCUUAAUUUUUGUUGGUCUAUCUCAAACAAAGUCUGGGCAAACUCUACAAUUAGUAGUAAUCUACAUGACUUUAUGAAUGACUGAUCAUGCUCUCUUCAUUCUAUGAAGAUGUCAGUAGUAGUAUAGAUCAGGGUAUUGCAAUGGAUGUGAUCUGUUUGGAUUUUGCUAACUUACUUGAUACAUUUCCACAAAAAAAGUUACUGAACAAGUAUUUGUUAAUGGAAAAUGUUGUAAGUUGAGCCCCUCACAAGUCUGUUCUGUGUCCGUGUCUAUUCAUAAAGUAAGCAUUGAAAGUCAUAUGUCACUGUUUUCAGAUACAACUAAACAAGAUAAUACGAGUAAGAUAUUAACUUUGCUGCAGAGUUAUGGAUUGAUCGAUUGAUUAAUUGAUGGAUGGAUUAGGGGACUCACCAGUUUAGUGGCUGGUGAGAUUUAAUGUGGAUAAAUGCAAAGUUAUGCAUUUUUAAGUGAGGACACAGAAACAACCUAAAUGGUACUAAAUUAGAGAAACUAAAUUAGAGAAAUGUGCAAGUUUUAAUUUACAUCAGAGGUUGAAGGCUAGACACUCAAGUGUAUCUCUGCUGCUCUUAGGUGACAGGUGUACAAUUGUCCUGUUAUAUUCUUUUGGGGAUUUGCAGUAUGUUUCUUUAUGGUAUAUAAAAUAUAAUUUUCCAGGAUUGUGAACAUGUGCAUUUUGCUUCAGUGAUUGCAUGUUCUUUGAAUUGUGUAACUGAUCAAAGUGGAGAUAACAUUAACAUUGUGUGUACAUGCCACCAAGAAAUAGGAGAUAUUUUUGGUACUUGUAUUUCUCAUACACUGCUACUUAGAAAUAUUUUGGGUUAUUAGUUAUUUGUCAGAAGAGUGUUCUCAAUACUUUGAGGUGGUGCAUGCACCAAGUUUUCAAUGGCCUAAUGAAAGCAUUGCUAAUGCCACUUUGGCUGUAUUUUGAUUGUGUUUAGCAUUAGGUGCAGUGAUGAAAUUCACUUUGCAUUAAUUUCACACUUUAGUGAAUAACAAUGUUACUAAUGUAUGAGCCAUGUGUAGGUUUCCUGGUAACUGUAUUUUUGAUACCAGAUUUCUACAAUAGUAAACGAGAGACAAGGAAGAGAGUCUACAAAAACAUAGGUGCUUCGGCCUGACAGCAUAAACUAGACAAAUUAAAGAUAGAAUUUCAUUAGGCUGGAAAUUGAAGUGUUUUAUUAUUCAGAUCGUUAAACUCCAACAUUCAAUCGUCAAUAAAGUAGGCAAAUAGGAAACGAUGUGUCCAUCCAUCUUCCCAUUAUUUUUAAUUCAUAAAAUAGACAUAGCUAGAAUACAUAUUGUUGAUAUAUAUAAUUGGACGUGACCAUAAUUAUUCCAAAUAGAAGUCUAUUCUAGGUAUCUUCCACUCUUUUUAUAGAAUAUAUUAUUUGUAAAAAGCAUGGCUGUAACACAUUGUAAAUACUGUUUCAGUAAGGAAUCUCAUAAUACAGGACUAGGGUAAUCUUAUUGUAUUUAUUCAGGAAAGAAUUGACUUCCCUUUGGAGAUAAAAUUAGCAGAUUGAACUCUUGAGUUUUUCUUGCUUUGUUGACAUUUAGUAAACCUUAAACUUGAAGGUUCUGAUUAUUUUUUCAGUUGUUACUGAAAUGCUGUCUUAGAAUGUUAAUCGUUUAUUCUUAUGAAAACACAAUGCUAUUGUAUUCACAGUUUUGGCUCUUAAGAAAAUAUUGCACUUUUUCCACAAAGCAGAAACUAUGCUUCCAAUGGAAAUAUUUAGCACAAGACACCACAGUGGUUAGGUUUUCACCUGGAUUUGUCCAGUCCCCGGAAUUUUAAGGAUAGCUGGUAUGCAAUAUAGGAAAAUUAGAUAAAACAUGUUUAAAGGAUCACUAUAGGGUCAGGAACACAAACAUGCAUUCCUGACCUUAUACUGUUAACACCACCAUCUAGACAGACAAUGACCUCUGUAAUACUUCUGGAAUUCAUGAUCAUGCAUCAAGGUCGCAAUAUAAAGGUCAUGGGAUGAUUUCAGUUUUGCAUUCACAUACAUGUUUUUGUAAAAUGACCACUGCACAUUCCAAAAGCCAGAUGCAGAUUGGCACAGUGCAUGUUGUGAAAAGGCUGGCUUUCUUUAAUUUAGCCAUGGAUUCUUUCCAGAUCCUCUUUGUACGUAAGAAGCAGAACAUGAAACUUGGAAUGUCUCAGAUAGAGAUGUUGACAAUCAGAUAAGCUAAGGGCGCAAGGUGAACCAACCUGGAGUUUAUUUUUGAAUAGUAAUGUAGUCACACAUUCCAUAGAAAUGUGCCUUUCAGAUCUUUGAUGGGCCUAUAAUGUGAUGCAACAGAUCAUACCACCUCUGGAUUGUGAUUUGGGGUUUUUUCUUAGGUAAGUGUCACAUACUCAAAAUUAAUCUUGUGCUUUUACUUAAAGGAAAUACCAUAAUUAUAUGCAUUUUGGAAGUUCAAUAGACAGCAAUGUUCGACUUAAUUUGAUAUAGCACCUUGGAACUGAUCAGGAAAUGUCUCUGAGUUAAACAGAAUGUUACUGUGAGUCAAAGUGAGUGAGGUAACUGUCUCAGGGUUUAGAACGAUGGUAUGUGGUGUUUUUGGUGAAUCUCUUCUUCAUAUUUGCUGCACAGGAAGUAAUCUUGAUAGUUUUUCAACUAUGUAGUGAUAUGAUGUUUUAAAUAAUGUGAAUGUUCUUAUCUUCUCCAUCACGCAUUCAUUCUUGUGAAGUGCCCUAUGUAAAAUAAUUAGCAUUCAGUAAUGCAGUUUACAAAGAUAGUCAGCAGAACCAUAGCCCUAUUUCCAGAAUAUGAUAUAGUUAUUCCAUGGCUGUCUUGAUUACAAGCUUGCCUUUUUGUCCAUGUCAUAAAUUCUGUCUACAGAUGAAAGUGGUUCUUUCAUUUUCUUGGAAUAUACAAAGAUACUGUCAUGUACGUUAAGCCAGAAGAAAUUAGUUCAAUACAUUAUGCCUGAAGAUGUAAUGUCCCAAUAUUCACAUUCCUAGCUUUAAGGCCAGUUAGUUUGUCAUUCAUCAUUGCAUCAUUGACCAGGCUAUUUUUAAGCUCAUAAUAUGUCCAGUACAUACUGAUCAAUGACACGGUUAAAGGCACAAUGAGGAGACAUACUCUUUGGUAACAUGUUUAGAAAAUUCUAAGGCAACCUAGGUUCUAUUCUUUAAAACAUGGACAAUCAAGAAGAAAUGUCCAACUAUGAUGCUUUGUCAACUUUAUGUCUAGCAAAGCAACAUGAUAGUUUUAGUUCUAAAGCUGAGGUAACACUAUGGGGUGAUGCAAAUAUUAUAGUCAUUUGCUUACAAGGGCUCAGAUACUCUUCAUAACAGAAGAGAAUUGAGGACUGGAUCUAGGUCCUUCCCAAUCAGAAGUUAUGAAAAUAUUUCCAUUGGAAGCAUAGUUUCUGCUUGAUGACCUAAUAGAGGGAGUGAGUUAAUGGAUGUGAUACCCCACUGGAUUGUUACAUUGGUAAUGUCCUUUGCAUAUGUAUCAAAUGUGAUUCAUUCCUGUGGAUGUAGUAUCCAGCAAUGUUAUUUCAAUCUUCAUGGGGGCAAGGAAAAUGUGUCUAUGAAUCAAGGAAGUCAGAUAUUUUCUUAAUAUAAAGGCUGACAGUGGAAAGUAAGACAAAUUAGGAAAAUCUUUUUCUUUUUUUUAUAGAUAAACAGAGAGGCUUCUUGGUUUCUACUAGACUUUCAUAAUUAUUAAGUGGUAAUUUUAUCACAACCGGGUACACUCUGAGGAGGGAGUUUUGUUAUUUUCAGAACACUUUUGACAUCUUGACAGGGAUAGGGUAAAUUAAUUACAGAGAGAUUUUGAGUUAUGCAUCCUUCUUAUUGGGUUUUGCAUGUACCAAUUCUGCUUUCCCUUGUGCUUCUUCUGAAUGUCUGAGACCUUAUUAAGGAAGCCUCUGCCUGGGCACUAGCUGAUGUUCUCAACCUUUCAGUAGCUCCCCAUUAAGAAAAGAGAGUAAAAAAGAUACUUACCAGAUUCUGUCAGAGUUUGCUGUGAUGGUCCAAGGCUUCCCAAUUGAAGCCUUGGAUAUUGGGUGAAAGUACAAGAGUGAUCUGAUGCCAGGGACAAAGAUUUGGUGGCAUUCAUGUGAUGCUACUAUGCAUUAUUUAUGAUGGUAUUAAAAUUAAAAAAAAAUGUGAAAAUAAUGCAAAUUAAUAUACUCACAGGUUGAAUAAGCCAUUAAGCAAGGAUGAUUGUUAGACUUGUUAAUAUUUUACAUAGAAACACCACAGAUUCAAAUGGCAAAACAUCACUUGUACUUUGUUAAAUAAACAUAAAUUACCAAAUAGAAGUUAAUAUGAGUUUUUUUUAGUGAUGCAUGUUUAAUUUGUACAAAAAUAUAUUACUAAAGAUAAAUACCUGAUCGAUGAAGAUAUGAGCAGCCUAGCAUGUUGGCUACUAUUGUAAUACCAAUAUAUACCUGGUAUGAGUAUUCUAUUUGGAUAAUUGAUUUUGGGUUUCAUCAUCAGUUAUACACAGUCUCAGUAAAGAAGAGAGUUUUCAAAUGUGAUAUGAUCUCUAAUGGUAUAAUGUAUUAAAAUGUAUAUGCUUUAUUUGAAACCCUAAAUGCUAAAUAGUAUCUUUUUUUUCUUUACAUAGGGUCUUCUGAUGUUCCCUGAUGGAUGAUAUUAAUUAAAUCUGUUGCAGUAAAAAAAAAAAGUGGUUGCUGCGAAGAAUUGGUAAGGGAAGGUGUCCACCAAGCAUGGAUAUUUCAACAGGGGACAUCCAGCAGGUCCUUUCCAUUGACCAAAUUCGCUCCAUCCGGGCCAAUAAUGAUUAUGUGGAGCGACCUACUGUUUCAUUUAUGCAAACCUGGUCUAACCCUUCCCUAUCCCAACAUGCUGCCAAGCAAGAGUGGCCUCAUGAUCAUCUGGUAUCCUACAAUCAUCAGGAUUUACAUCGCAGCCAAAGUCAUCAACAUCCUUCACAACACCUUUCACAUGAUCUAAGCCAUUCCAGUACAAUAAGUUCAGUUUCUCGAAGUACCACUGCUUCAGAUCAAAGACUAUUAACUGGAAUAACACCAUCUCAAUCAGGGCACUCACUUAUGAGGACACAACCCAAAGAUGGUGACCCUAAACAAGAUGAGUUUAUCAAAGGAAUAAUGGAGAAACCUGACAGAUAUGUAGGUCACCUCUUUAUCUGUGAAGAGUGUGGUCGUUGCAUAUGUGAUGAAUGUACACAAGUUCGGAACCUUCCAUCUUGUUGGGUUUGUGAUCAGCGGUGCCUGUGCUCUGCAGAUAAUGUAAUUGAUUAUGGAUCUUGUCUCUGUUGCAUCAAGGGCCUCUUCUAUCAUUGCUCUACUGAUGAUGAGGACAACUGUGCUGAUGACCCUUGUUCUUGUAGUCAGGGAUCCUGCUGUGCCCGUUGGGCAGCAAUGAGCUUCCUUUCCUUCUUUAUGCCCUGUUUAUGCUGCUAUCUUCCUGCCAAGGGUUGCCUGAAGCUCUGUCAGAAAGGCUAUGACAAAGUAAAAAGACCUGGAUGCCGAUGUGAGAAUCAUACUAACACUGUCUGCAGGAAAAUAUCCUCAUCAAGUGGCACACCAUUCCCAAGGCCUUUUGAUAAGCCUGUAUGAUCCGCAGGUCAAUGUUGGAUGAAAUCCUUAAUCCUUUUCUUCUUUACUUCUUCUUGCUGUGCUCACUUUUUCACUGGUGCCAGUGACAGUGAAAGCCUUACCAAGACCCCAUCAACACCUGAGAAAUGUAAGAAGGGUUUGAUUACCAGUUAUGAAUACAAAUUGCCCCGAAAGAGACAUAAUCAAUAACACAGAGAAAAAGAGACACUUUUAAAACACCACUCCCUUCUGAAACAGCUUAAACAACUGAUUGGUGGAAUGACCUCUCUUCUACUACUCUUGUGGCAUUGUUGAUCACAGCGUUAUCAGGAAAUAAUAUGAAUUAAGCUUGAUGCUGAUGUUUUUCUCUUACAAAUGUAGCUGACCAAAAGACUGUCAGUGCUUGGCACCAUGACACACGCCAAGAAAAUAGCCUGUUUUGCCAUCAUGAAGAUAAAAAUCGAAAGAAUUGUCACAGUCAAUGCACCCCAAUGUUAUUUGAAGAGAUCACAGAAAAUUGGAAAUAUACACUUCCUGAAGUUUUUUAGAAAACAAUGAAACAAGAAUAACUGUGCAACGCACAACAAAUUGUAGAAGGGUCCUGUCAGAUGUAAAAAAAAAAAGGAACUUUCCAGUUGAUUUUGAGAAGAUGCUUGGAUUUAUUAUAUGGAUUAAAAAAAAUAAUCGGUUUAGACCUUGAGUGCACCAUUUAAUGGGAAGCUAGAAAAAUAUUUUGUAUUAUUCAUUUCAAAUUGAAAAAGAGAUCUAUAACAUAUCAACUAGGUAAAAAUAAAUUUUGUCACCUAGGAAAAUAUGAUGUAAACCAAAGAAGAUAAUUUUUUUUUGCAUGGCUACAUUGUCUUUCUUCUUUCUGUCUUAAACUUUCUAGUGCCACCUUUUGGUUUUCAGCCGAAAUGACUCAGGUGGCAAUCCCAAUGAAUGCCAGGUAUGUCAAUGCAUUGCCCAUCUCUCUGCCACUCAAAGUGCUCAACCCACACCCUUACCCCUUUGUUAACUAUCAUGUGUGUCAUACUGGAGGUGAUUUUUACCUAGUUGAUUAAUUUAUUUUGGAUUUCGCUUCUGAAGAAGAACUUUUUUUUUGUAAGGGUUCAUUUUAAUUUACUCUCCCCGUUUCUAAAACUAAGGGGAAACUAUACCAAUGCUGCAAAUUGAUAGCUCUUUUACAGGUGCAUAUUACAUCAUUUAAGAGUCAUGAGACUUUGUGUCAAUUGAGGAUAACAGGUAUUUAUAAUUAGGCACUGCUGCAUUGAGGUCCUCGUUGACUUCAUAUACUGCAAUGCUAAAACUUGCACUGUUGCACUUCAUAAUAACGAACAAUAGGCAAACACAUAGGUAUCAAGGUGCUAUAACCUUUUGAGUGUCAGAAGGGUAAACAAUGCUUUAACAGAUCCUGCUGGAGACUGAAAUACAAUGUUUAAAUCAAUAUCUCCACCUGUGCCAAUGAGCAUUUUGGAAAAUGAUUGUUAAAUUAAAUUAGGGAACAUUCAGUAUAAUGAAGUACAAAAAAUUGGAUUUAAAUGUAUUUAAUAUGAAGAUAAUUUGCCGGUUUUACAAUUAUCAUUUUCAAUGCUUGAAAUGUGUAUAAGAAAAAAAAAAUGAAUAAGCUGAGGUUAUAUCCAAAUUGGUUCAAGUUUUUAUAUAUAUUUUCUAAAAAAAAAAAAAAAAAAAGAGUAAAAACCCAUGAUAUAUUUCCCAUAGUUUUAAAUAUAAAAAUGUUCUAUGUUAUUUUAUUUUUGAUCCUGAUCUCAAACAAACUGUCUCCACUCAUUUAUUUAAUUCAUCACAAUUUAACUCAUAAAACAUCUUAAAAUAAUGCAUUCUGGUGCCUAAUCUCAUAAUGAGAUCACAAACUUCUGAUGAGUUUAUGUACUGUACCAGGGAGAAUUGGUGAUUAAGAAUAACAUUUAGUAACUUUUUUUUAGUAACUUUUUUUUCUGGGACCAAUAGAAGUUUGUAUGUCUACUACAUAACAAGACUUCUUAACUGCUUUGAACAAUUGCCAACAUUAUUUUUAAAUUAUUAUUUUCAACACACUUAUCCACCAAUGACAUAGGAAAGAUAAAAAAUGUAUAUAUAUAGAAAAAUAAACUAGUCUUCAAGUGUUAUGUUGCCCUGUAAAGACUAAAGUGAAAUCCAUUUGAAUAAAUUAAUUUUACUACAAAAAUGUCACACUGUUAUACUAUUCAGAGAAAUGAAUGUUCUAUUUCUAAGAAUGACCUAUUUCCCAAAAUGCUCUCAAGCUACGCGAAAAAGAAUAAACCCAAUAAACAAAUUUCAUCUUAUGUAAAAUUCUGAAAAAAAUAUAUUUUUUGAGUACAUUUUUACAAAAAUAUGACAAAUUAUAGUAACGGUAAAAACUGUAUGCUGUUAUCUUAAUCUGGACUUCGAUACUAAUAGUAUUGAUGCAUGCCUGUUGCUGACAUGCUGUUUGCUAAGCAUGAAGGAAACUUGUUUAGAUAAAAUACAUUGUAUAAUAUAGCACUUAUGAGGGAAUGUAGGAAUCAGUCUUUAUAUUAACAGAUCACAUGGUAAUGAUGGAAUAACAGGCAGUCAGGCACACAACAGUUUAAUAAUUUAAUGUGGGGAGAGCUAGUAAGUUAUGGGAAAGUGACAAUGUACACUAAUGUGUGAUUGGCAUCUCGAACGAUGCUACUGAAAGGGGCAUAUACUUUCAUACAUUGACUAAGAUAGAUCGGUGUGGUAAGAUUUUUAUUAAUGGAUUUUACAUUACACUGGUACAGAUUACAGUCCCUUUCUCUGGAGUAAUUCCAAGGACUACAUUUGAAGAAUUUAAAAUUUCAGUAAUUCCAUAUACUGCCAUUUAUAUAUUAUUGUAGAACACAUUUCCAAGAUUCUAGAUAUAGCAUUGACACAGGUGCCAACCAACUACACUGGUUGGGACUGGGUGUGCUCAUCGGUUUUGUCUUUAUCUUGUAGGCUGUGACCAUAUAACAUUUACUAAAUGAUUCAAGUUAUGCGUCAAGCAUUUUUAUCCCUUUUUUUGUAUGUCAUACAUUGAAUGAUAACUUGUAACCAUUGUUUAAAGGGACACUAUGGUGUAAGGAAUACAAACAUGCAUUGCUAUCUCUAUAGUGUUCCCUUACAUAUGUAGGUGCCACAUAUCUAGGUGUCCUCCCCUAAGGUACGAUUUACUCACCUUAUAUUCCAUUGUGCAAUGGUCUCCCUGCCAAAGAAUUGCCUUCUUGGCUGAGAUCAUCAAGCCAAUCCAAUGUUUCCCUACAGGGAAUCAUUGAGAGGUUGGUGCGCAUGCUCAGCACUAAAAUGGUCUCAAUUAAAUCUGGGUGCCUACAGAGUCCCUUUUAUUGCCCAAUUAAAAGUGUAGGUGGAAUUCAUGACAUUCAGCUAAAUUUUCAUUCUAUAUUUGCAAUGAUUUUUUUAUGGUAAUUUUUUUGAGUUUUGAAUUACUCCUCAGUCACACGAUUCACCAAAUAGAUAUAAAUUUAUCUUUAGAAUAAUUAUGUGUGCUCUAAUUCUCAUUGCCAUCAUAUUGACCAGAAAGUGGGCAAAAUUGACAGUUUAACUGUGGAGUUCCAAACUCCUUGGGAAAAUGCUAAUCAUACAUGCAUGUUUUGCACCACAUAAUUUCCCCUUUAAGUAAGAGACACGGAGGUGGAGCUAUGAUAAUGAGGUCUGUGUAUUUUUGCAAAUGUCAUGAAUCUUGCAUCAUGUAACAAAAUCAUUAUUUGUUUUGUAUCAUGCCCUAUCCGAUGCAUUCCUCGCUCCAGGAGUGUCUCUGAAUGUCCCUUUAACAGAUAAUAAAUCGUAUUUGAUAAUACACCACUGAGAUAUACCACAAAUUACAUAUAAGUAGAUUUGCGAGAAAAUGCAUCUAUUAAACAAAAUAGUGAAGAUAUGUAAAUUGUAGUCAUGAUAUGCUAAAAUAUUUAUGAAAAUAUUAUAAGAAAAUAAUGUUGAAAAUGAGCAAAAUAUCUCUAACAAACUCCUAGUGAAUGAUAAUAUAUUUAUUAAUUGUUUAAUAAACUUAUUCAAUGCUACACAGAUCUAUUUAUUAGGAAAUUGAGGUAUUAGGGAACACAGUUCUAAAUAACAAUCUUGUCUAUUUUUACACGAAAACAAUCAAAUUAUGCGGAAACUAUUAGGCAGCAUUACUAAAGACAUAUUCCACAAAUAAGACUUGAAACAUUAUAAAUUUUUUAAAAAAGCUUAGAUUUAAAAUAAAUAAAUCAGGUAAAACAAAUUAUUUGGAAAAUAUAAGCUAUGCUGUGUAGGCCCAGCCUACUAGUGAUUGGACUGGGAUAAUGUCAUUUCUCAAGGUUACUGAGAAUAGCUGAAAUCAAUUAUUUAUUAUCUCCCAUUAUAAGAUAGCUUUAUUUUGCUUUCUGUUUGUUAGUGUUCUGCUGGACACAAUCAGAUUUCUAGAAUAGUAUCAUGGGCAUUAGGGAAAACAAACAAAAAAAAACCACAAAAUAUAAUAAUAUAAAUGUAUAUUAGCUUAUUAAUUGACAUAUACCUGUCUGUAAUUUGGUCCAGGGACAUAUAAACAGGAAGAAAAUUCAAUAGAAAUAUAUCUCAUGAUUUAGAAAAAUAAGGUCAAAUAAACAGAAAAAAAUCAUGCUGAAAUGGAUUAAUUAAUUUUUAACCCCCCAAAAAGAAAUAUUGCACUUUACUUUGUGCUCGACUUCAUGCCAAGAUACCCUCUGGUAGCAUAGAUGUUGAAGAACGAUGAUAAAACGUAUUUAUGUUUCUUUAUUAGACAUUAUGUCGCUCAGGUUGACAAUUUUGUCAACUUCAUAUCCAUUGGCGGAGUUGUCAUAGUUUCACCGGAGAUCCUACACACAUAUAGAAGUAGAGCAAAAAGUAAUUUUCUGCAACCAAAACAGACAACGUAGUGUAUAUUUGCUGAAUAACAUUUUGUGGAAAUCUUCUGUUGGAAAAUGAACGAUUAAAGGGCAGAUGUAAAAAUUUCCCACUGAACGUGGACGAGGUCAUGAGCAUCACUGCUGGAGACUUGGAAAAUCCUGUCUUCUUCUAUAAGAAAACCUGGGUGUCUUUAUUGAAAUAUAUAGGAAGUGCCCUCACGUACCUGAAAAGUACAUUGUGUCAAUAACGUAACAGUAGGUUCUAUUUACCAAACAAUAAGUUAGGGUCUGCUAAAAUCUGAUUUCAGAUCAAGAUAUCAGAGUUGUAAAAACAUUAUCUCAUUUAUUUGUUGGGAGAUAUUUUGUAACUUGGCUAUUAUAACUUAUAUUACUGGAUGUCAGAAUGGCGCAGUAGAAUUUUAAUUUGGAAAACAAAUGAGAGAACAAACCAAAAAAAUGCAAAAAAUGGGCCAAUCAGUGUGGUGCAAAAUAUAUACAUAAUGAGAAAAAAUCGGAUGGAAAAACAGGAGUAGUAGUAAAAAUAAAUACAUAUAUAUUUAUGUUAUAUCUUAUUGCUCCUCCUAUUUUUUUCCACUACUGCUCACUUCUAACUUGAAUUAUGAAUACAAACCACAUUUUGUGAUUAUUUCUAGCAAUCAAUUAUCUUUUUUUCCCCAUCAAUCAUCUAAUUUCUUAGCACACAGGCAGAAUUCAGAAUAUUGACCAGCCUCCAGAACAUGUUCAGCAUCGCACCCAAUUUGCCCAAAUUCAACCGUAUUGUGGUUCGUUCCGGCAUGAAUCUCCAAGUCCAGCCCAUAUCAUGUUAGUAGGCAUCUCACAGCAACUAACUGCUCCAUGGAUACACAUUUUAUGACUUAAUUAUCUUACAAACAAUACAUUUAACUUUGUUAACUGAAUAACAAUUCUCCUAUUGACUUCUAGGAAAAUAUGCAAGACAUAAGCGUAUCUAUUGUAAUAGAAACUAGUUCUUAGUGCGGGGAUUUUGUGCAAAACAUUUUUGUAGAGCUAUUAUUUCAAAGAAAAACCUGUUGGUUUCUUUGUGACUCUGAGGCCAAAAGUAGUCCCCGGCAAUUAAAGACAGACCAGUCUACAUACAUUUGUAAUUACAUCAUGCAGGACAUUAAGACAUCAUUUUGUGUUUAAAUGCCACGACAAUAUUCAUGCACAUGCACUCUGACUGUCCACACACAGAAACAUCCCUCCCAUCACAUAAACACCCACACUCUGACCCUCUACAUUCUUAAGCACACACUAAACCUCCACACAAGUGCACCAGUGCAUUCACACACACAUGUACACACACACAAAUACAUCCCUACAUUCAAUGGCACUUCACAUGGGUACACCCAUUCAUACAUACACACACACACAAACCCUCUGCACACACACUCCUGCAUUGACAUUUAGAUGUUCUUCACAAACAUACACCUUAGGAUUACACACAUAUGCACACUGUUAUUGCAUCCAGUCAGUCUUGGUUAAGCUAUAAUUUGACUCUACCUGGUUCCUACUAUAAAAUAUGAACAGACAGGCACAUCAUCAGUGUUUGGCCAUGUGCGCCCAUGUGUGUAAAUUAUGGGGAGUUGUGUUUGGUCUUACCACAUAAUAUUUGUCAAAAAUAUGUGCAUUGUCCCUUAUAAACAUGCUUUGCAGUGCUUGUUCUGGUGCUAGGGGAGUCCUGGUCCUAUGUCAAGCCACUGACCUGGCAGCUUCCUGUAUUAAUGAGGCAGAAAGCUAUUUUGCCUCUCUGGCCCUGAUGUGGCUCAGUGUGGUGUUCUCCAGUGUCAAUUUCUCUUCUAAUAGUCACAGUCUGCUGCUAUCCUAAGGCUGGGCUGCAAGACUCGGACAGUGGUUCUAAAGAGUGAUUGCCAGUGUCCACUUCGUAAAUCUCCUCUGCACCCUCUCUCCUGGCUUUUAAAGAUAGUAGAGAGCUUGUGCAGCUGUGAUCCUCCAAUCUAGACAUAGUAGUAUAUCAGGUCAGAGGCAUGCACAUAACAACAUGGAGAGGGGAUUGAGACUACGGAAGGCGGUGGAUGGACAAUGCUGUAAUGUACUGGGCAUACCGUGCCACUUUAGGACUGCUUGGAAUGUGGCUCAAUAUCUGCAGAGAGCAUGAGUCCAUAGUUUUGACUAACGUUGCUAAGGUUGACCUUUACUCAGCACAUGUACCGUAACUUAUUACGUAGUCACACUACAUAAUAAAGAAAGCAAAAAAAUAAAAAUUAAUUUCCUUCUAUACAAUUUGGUAGCAUAUGUAGUUAUGUUUUUAUCUAAAACAUUGCAGCAUAGUGAAAAUUGUAUUGUGGGUUCAACAUGCAAUUCUCUCAUUGUAGAGAAAAAAAGACAUCGGCCAAGGAUAGAAUUUCAAAGGUACAUUUGCUAACAAAUUGCAGAGCAAAAUGUUUAUUGUAAUUUAAUUUUCCAGUUGAAGCAAAUCCAGUCUUUUUCAGUUUUGUCAUCCAUACUUAGAAAAAGAUAUAUAAGAGAUAAACUAAUUGGCAAAAAGAAAAUGAGAAGGAAUAUUCACUAAACACAAAGUUUUUUUUAAAUAAUGCCAAAAAGUCACAAUUGAUAAAAAUGUUUUCACUUAAAUUGUUACCCAGAUAUAUCAAGCAUUGUAAAUUACAUCAGGUGUGAAAGUAUCCCAAAAUCAAUAAGCCUUUAGUAAAAAAAAAAGAAAAAAGUUUUAAAAACUAUUACACAUUUCAUUAAAAAAAUGAAUAAUUAAAAAAUGUUUACUAGAGCUUAUCCCCUCUAUAUCUGUUGUUGUCUCCUUCUCUCAUCCUCUUCUCUCUCUAUCUAUGUUCAUCUCUCUGUCUCUCUCUUGUCAUUCAACAAAAAUGCCCCAAAUUUCUCUACAUAGCUGCAUGUGGAAAUACUUCUUGAUUUAACUGAUACAAUCCUAACCCAUUCUUUGGUCAAACAGCUUUGUUUAAGGUGUAGGUCAUUUCUAAGGAAACCAAUGGAAAAUGAGCUAUAAUGCAUAGUGAGAGACUAAGAGAGAUAAUGUUGAAAGAACAGUCUCGACACUCUGUAUACAGAUUAGUCAAUGUGUACUGCCUUUCUGCCAGUAUCCAAUGAGGGAUUCACAAACAUAAUGCACUCACGGGACUUGAGUAGUUGAAAAGGUGACAUUUAUAAGGAAAGUUAAAUCAAUGUUUCAGCUUGUAUACCUAACGCUUAGCAAAAUCUUGAUAAGCGUCUGCUAAAAUUCUAGUACACAUACGGAAACAUUCAUCUAUAUAUAACCAAAUAAAUGCCACCUGUGUCACAUGAUCAUUGCACAGCUUGAUACAUCUACGAUUGCAUUUCCUCUAAAUUGUAACUAGAUAGAUGCUGCUAAUUUAAGAGAAUAAUUCUCCUUUUUUCUGAUUGAAAAUCAAUACUAAUAUCUGUUACCGUUGUCUAUAAAUGGCUAAAUCCUAUUUAUUGGAAUAUGUUUUGUUUUUGUUUGAGCAAUACAUAUGUAUUACUUAAUCAGUAUCCAUUGAACAAAAAAAUGUCAAUUUAAUUUUGUUGGAUAGUUGAAAAUGUUGGGGUCUGGUGAAGGUGGAGUCUAUCUUUAAGAGUCAUAAAUGUAUUAUCACUGUAUGAAGCAAAUAUUGUAACAACAUGUUAAGAUCUCAGAUCUCAUUAUAUUAAUACAUCUUUCUCAGGUACACAGAGAAUCAACUUGUAAGAGUUGGAUCAUUGUGAAACUGUUUUUACGUGUGUGUUUCAGAGCAAGGGGUCGCUUUUGAAAUUAGUAUUCUGCAAUCAAUCAGAUUAUCUCCAGUUUAUAAUGAGCAGUCACCUGAUCCAUGCAUAACCAAUGGUACUGCCUGUCAUCAAGUUAAAUGUUAUGUUUGUGUAAAUGCAGAGUAUAGAAUAUUGAAUGUAUGCAUAUAAUUCUGGCGCAUUCAUCUUGUAGAAUUACAAAGAAUACUUUGGUCUAUAUAUCAAGACUUACUGUAAGAGGAGCCUUUAGAGAAUAUGCACUGAAUUUUUAAAAUAUUAUAUAAUUUAAUAAAAUUAAAAAAAAGACACUACACACAUCAAACAGUAUAUCUACUGAUGUUCUAUGUCCAAGAAACAAAAUACAAAAUUUUAAAAACGAUUACAUAAUAAAUAAAUUAAAUAUAACUUCAAUUGCACAAAAAUGCACAUAUUGAUAUUAUUUUUUAAAUUUACAAUACACUAAUUUCAUAGCUUCGUUGUGUGAAUGCUCGUUCACUGUCAAUACAUUUACACAUUCAAUUAAACAAAAAAAAUGAAAAAUAGAUUAUCAUCUUGCAUCAAUAUUGCCUUAAUAUAUAGACCUUGCACCCCUUCCUCUUUACUUAACACUUGAUAAGCUAAUCACUUAAAGCAUAAGAAUCUUCUUCACUGUCAGUAUCUAAAUAUUUUAUUAUAUCAUGAACUCUGCACCUUCCAUUAUGUGUAUGUGUGCAAAAGAAUAUAUAUAUAUAUAUAGAAAUUGUAACCUUGAACAUUAUAUGAGCAAGAAAAGAAAAAAAUCUAAACAAUUAUAUGCUAAUGAAACCAAACUUCUGACUCUUCCUGUUUGUUUAAAGUUGCUUUGAUAUAUUUUUGUAUUUAUGAAAUGGUAUCGAAAUCACUAUUAAAGAAUAUUAAUGCUGCGGAUGGUGCCGUAAUGCAAUGUCUGGCUUUUUAGAAUGUGUGUAUGUGUGUGUUUGCGUGUGUGUAUAUAUGUUGCCUUUUAGUUGAAACAGACACUUCACUUUAAUUUAUUU